GGUCGUUCAUCCGACGUAAGUGGUACUCUAGGUCUUCUUGAGGGCUGCCAAUCAUCCUCCAGCUCUCAUAACUAUACGGUAAACCUAAUCGUCGUGCCCAACCUGCUUUUUUGUCUGGCGUCUGAUCAUGACCUCAUUGCUUUGAGCGUUGGGCAAUUGGUUACCAUUCUUUCUUCUAAUCGUUGACUUGUGCGUUCGUCUGUGCUGAUUUGAAGAGUCACUCGGUUGCCAGCUUGCCGUCUCCUUCUUUCCUCCGCCCUCGCCAUUCUUGUGUUUUCUAAGCUCUAGAAGCUAGUUAACUACCUUAGCCUCCGAGAAGGAAAAAGGGAAUCGGCCCCGAUGGCUCCCCAAGAACCCGCCGUGCCGACGAGACAGUCGACUGUGACCAGCACCGGAAGCGACGAUGCCAUCCCUGACACGGAUCCGAGCACUACCGCCGGCCUCCUCGCCCAAAGGCUUCACGCAUGGAAGCAUGCCGUCGUCUACCUCGAAGAGUACAUGGAAGCGAUCGAGAAGAUCCACAAGGCACAGGCGAAAGAGUAUGAGAGGGCGCUAAAGGCCAUCUCGAAGCCCCUUAAGGAAGGGCAGCACUUCGACCAGAGUCUAGGCGGCAUUGCCGGCUUCUUCGAGAACAUGCGCGUCAAUACCCAGGCUCUCAUCAAUACCAACCUCGAGACCGAAAAGGCGAUCAAGGGCUCGGUCCUCCCGGUCGUGGAGCGCUUGCAUAAGGAGAUCAAGCACAAGGCCAAGGAGCUCGCCCACGGCGCUGAAAAGGGCGCCAAGGAAGUCGACAAGGCGCGCAAUACGACCCAAAAGCACAUCGAGCUCCUCGGCCAGCAUACGGCGUCCUUUGAAGCUACUGGCGGCAAGGCCACGCCGGCCGACGACCCGUACGUCAUCCAGCGCGGUGUCUUGCACCGCCUCGCCAAACAAGUCAUGGAGGAAAACAACCAGCACAACGACCUCGUCGCGGUGCAGAACAACCUCGAGGCCUUUGAGAAGCACAUCGUGCAGGUGCUCCAGCAAGCCAUGGAGGCAUUCAACUCGUACGCGGGCGGACAGGCGCUGAAGGUGCAAGCGCUGUACGCCGACAUGCUGGGCGCGGUGCAGCGGGUGCCGCCGGACUUCGAGUGGAAGGCCUUUGCGCGGCGCUGCGAGGGCACGCUGGCCAACCCUUCGGAGCCGGCGCGCACCGUGGAGGGGAUUCAGUUCCCCAACAUGGACCACCCGUCGACCAAGCCGCUGAUCGAGGGCAGCCUGGAGCGCAAGAGCCGCAACAAGCUGUCUUGGGGCUACAACUCGGCCUACUACGUCGUGACUCCAUCCCGGUUCCUGCACGAGUUCCGCGACAGCGACGUCGUCCGCCGCGACCCGGUCCCCGAGCUGAGCAUCUACCUGCCCGACGCCGUCAUCGGCCUGCCGCACGGCGAAAAGUUCAACAUCAAGGGCAAAGACCGCUCCAAGACCUUCGGCGGCAAGCUCGCGGGGAACUCGGAGCUCGCCUUCAAGGCCCACUCCCCCGCCGAGGCCAUGAAGUGGUUCGAGGUCAUCCGCAACGUGGCCGGCGCGACGGGUCCGCCCGCCGUCGAGUCGCCGGGAAGCGAUACGCAGGUCAAUCCGGUGGAUGCCGCCGCUGCCGCUGCCGUUGCGAAUGGAAGCGGGAACGGGAAUGCGGCGGUGGGGGAGAAGCCAAGACCUGUCGUUGCCGUCCCGGCUCAGCAGGAAACGGGAGUUGUCACCAACACCGAUGUUGUCGCUAGCCCAGUAGCCACUACCGGACUUGCAAGCGCCACUACUGCCUCUCCCGUCAGUGCCAAGGCUUCCCAGCCGGGAUCCAUGGAUAGCAAAGUCAGUACGGACACCAAGCCGUCGAUGCCUGAGCCUGUGGAGUUUUCAGGGAAGAAGGCCUGAUCAAGAGAGGGAGGGUUCUGGCGGGUUUCCUGGAUAUUUGAACGAUUCUUGGAUGGUGAUGAGGUAGUCAAUGCGUGGUCACUUCAUACCCCUUUUUCUUAUUCAUCAUUGGGUAUACGAAGCCAGGGUACUCUGGGAGAAUGCUUUUCCUCGUUAUACUUGUCGGCUGCAGUGGCCGGUUGGUAACCUUUGUGCUCUUUAUUUGUCAUUGAGCAGCAAUACCCCUUACGCUAGUUGAGUUGAGAACAUGAAGUUACGUAUUACAAGUCAGGGGAAGAUUGACUCCAGCCGUCGAAUGAUAGUGGAAAAGGAGGUCUCCCCUGUCUUAUGGGCUAUGACAGCCUGUGUAGGAUCCCUAGUUUUCAGGAAAAUGCGACCUGAAAGCCUUGCCUCUACCCUCUCCGAGGCACACCGCAGCAGCUUGUAUGGUCACAUCAACGAACCGCCAUGGGCGUGCUAUACAAACAAG